UCAGAACGCAUUGUAUAGUCGUUACGGAAAGCUGCGCGCGGUUGGUUCCCUCUGGUUCCGUCACGUUCUUUAAAUCAACAGUGAGGCUUGUAGUAUAACUAUUGUAGUGUUUUUUUAUACACAAAAAUGUAAUUCGAACAAAAAAUCAGUCCAAACAAAAAAUAAACAAAGAAGGUUAUUUUCUGGUGGGUGAAUUUCGUUCAGAAAAGUGAUCGCUGCGAAGAAGUGUGUUUCGCGAACAAGUGAACCACUUUCACUGUGGCGCAAAAAUAGUCUUUCAAUCCCGUUAGAAGUGGGAUCGAGAAAAAAACCGUGACUAUCUGUUAAGUACGAGCGAGUGUACAACGAUAGAUAUAAAACGGCAAUGUGAAAAGUGUGGAAGAAUUGCAUAAACGUUUUUCAUAAUCAGUGGCACAUUGACAUUUCCGUACAUUUCCGCAGUAGAUGAACCGACUUAAGAUGUCUAACAGUCACAACUUGAGCAAUUUCAUUGAUAACACUAUAGAGGCACUUCAAGCCAGAUGGAGUAAAUCAAAAACGGAAAACAAAACCAGCAAAAAACAAUUGGUGCCCAACUCUAGGAUUCUCGAAUAAGAGUUUCUUCGAGAUGGAGGGUUCUGGAAAAAGAGCCAUUUUUCGAAAAAUUUGGUACACUUCUGAAGCAGCAGUCCAGUCAGUUUUUGCUGCAAAAUAAGCGAGAUGUUACACCCCAGGAUGAGUCUUUGGAGGCCCAAGAGCUACUCAUCACGAAUAAGCCGCAACAGAUAGAGAAUAACAUACUUUCUGCUAACUCGACACAAGAUCAAGGCAUUUACACAAAUGAUUCUUCUAUAGAAGCGACAAAUGAUGCGGAAACAGUUAAAGAACUGUACGAAAAGGUUCUACUCGAAAUAAUUAACGGCAAAUUUGAGAAGCAGGAUCUCUCGGAGAAGGUGAUGUUCUCGUACGCUCAAGACGUCUUCAAACUCAACGAAAAGACACACGAUGAGAUUCUGAAGCAUGCUAGAUUGAAACCAAUGUCCGAGGUGUUCCUCCGAGUUGAAAUAAUCGAAGCCAAGCUCACCGAACGUCCGGAUGUACCUACUGGAUGUAACCCGUUUGUUAUCUUGUACCUGCAAUCCGGAUUGCCAGAUAUCGUAAGAAGCUCCAUCCUAGAAUCAACUAAUAAUCCUGUCUGGAAGGAAUGUUUCACGCUGCCAACCAGUGAGAACAGUAAAGACAACUUAAUUCUUGAAUUGUUUCAUCAUGAUGUCGAUAUUACAAAAAUUAGCAAGACCAUUAGAAUAUGUCGAAAAUAUGCAUUCAGCUGUGUUAGGCCAAGAACAUCAUAUCAAAAAUUGAUAGGAAGAACAAGUAUUCCUAUAGAAUCAAUCAGCUCGUCUGGACUAGUGAUGUGGUACACAUUGAACAAAAAGAGGCAUACCGAUCCCCAAGGAACCAUCAAACUUAAAUUCCACUUCAGUUCCGCUCAAAAUAAACUAAAGGCUAUUGAAGAACACACAAUGUUGAUAAAAAUGUUUCUCGAGUAUGAACUUAAUAGUUCUAGUGUAGCCCGGUAUUGGUGGUCGGGUAAAUUUACCGCUGCAGGGGAAGCCAUACUCAAACAGCACGCCAUCUGUGCUGACAUAAAUGAAAGUGAAAAAAAUCUCAUCCAUUGGAAUGCGUAUACAUCGAUACAUGUGACUUAUCCCAUAUCAUUUACACUUUUUGAAAAUUUACUAAACAAAAUAUGCAUACUAGUGAGUAAGGACUGUGUUUCUGGAGAUGAUUUAAAGAGAUUCUGGGGUGGUGUUAAGAAAUUGCUACCCUCUUGCUUUGCUGUGAUAAUAAAACUAAGAAAGCGUAUAGCCGGUGAUAAAGACAUUUUGAAGACUGUUACUUCGGUGCUCAACAUUCUAGUCAGAGUGGACAGCAUAAGGGAAACUUGUGAUAUUGAACUGUUCUCCCCGGAAGAUUACGAGCAUUUCAAACAUAAGAUCGAACAUAAUCCAAGCAUUUCGAUCCGAGAGAUGACAUUGCUGGCAGUUAGAGCAGGGGCCAAAUGUUGGUUCGACCAAUCCGUAACAAACAGCAUCAAAUCGACGUUUUCUGAUGAAGAAAAAUUGCACAACUUUAUUCUGCUAAUCCAACUUCUCCAGAAUGAUAUAAAGCGUGCGUCCACUUAUUACAAUGCUCCAUUUAAAAGUAUCAUAGAUAUCGAAUAUACUCGUGAGCUGUGCAAACAGCAUGAAACAAGUAUUGUCACCCAUAUCAAACCACCGGUGGAAAAAAUAUGCAAAGGAUUUAAAAAGCUCACAAUACGGUUGGACCAACACAAUCGAAUUGGUGAGAUGGAAGCCUUGGAUAUGAGUUCCAAACUUUUCGAGCUAUAUAUCAUUAUAAAGCUAUUUAUCGAAGAAACUGACAGAGAGAUCAAAUGUGCCCACAACACGGAUAUAAUCAACUAUCAUGCUUGGUUCAUUGGCGGGGUUUCGCAUUGGAGCGAUGUAUUCGCCUUGAAGGCUCUGGCUAGAAUAAGUCAAGCCAUCGAUGUUGAUUCGCUUGUGGCUGAGGAGAAUGUGGAACCGAAGCAGUCUUCUUCGGCUGUAGAGUUUUCGAACAUUGUUCUCCAAAUGAAAACCUUCUGGGAGCAGCUGGCUUGGCCUGAUCAGAAUGAUCUCAAUCGAUUUCUGAAAAGAAGCUUAGGGGACAUCUGCAGCUGCUGCAUAUAUUAUGCAGACCGAAUCUCGUCGAAACUCAAACCAACAGAAGACAAAAAACACAUCGAUAUGGCCUCCACAAUCGAACUGAUGCGUAAAUGUACCCUUGUCAAUUCCAACCUGUCGAUACUGAUUGAGAUGCUUAUCAAUUUGCCAAACGAUCUCGGCUACAGAAAAGUCGACGUAAAUGCCAAUGAGUCAACUGAAUACACGCUUCCGAUCGAGGGCCUAAGCAGCUGGAAGACAAAAGUUUUAACAUUGUUCGCCGAUUAUUGCAUGUCGGUGAUAAGGAUCAGUAUGACAGAUUCGAUCUAUAAGUUCAGCCAAAUCAAGGAGAAUAUUGAGAGUUUUGCAACGCAGACAUCGAUGCUGAUUAGAGAAAAUUUGAUAAACAAUGAUUUGAAACAAGUAGAAGGCAAACUGUGGACGAUGUUAACCGCAGAGUUGAGCAGUUUAAUUAAACAAACAAUCGAGAAGAAAGCUCCUAUUACCUCGUUUUCAAAUCUGAAGGAAUGUUAUGCAAUAAUCGCUCAGGCAUAUCUACCCGAGUUGCAAGAUUUACAGGACGCCAGUCCCCUUGCGGAACAGCUUUUGUCUAUUGAAAAGCAACUUUGUUUGUACAGUAGUACUACACGCGACCUCAUUCAUCAAUAUUAUUUGGCUUGUUACGAAAGUCAAAAUCGGCUCGACGAACCGGAUCGUGGAAUACUUAACGUACGAUGUUUCUUCAACCAGAACACCCUCGAAGUUCAGGUUCUAGGAGCAAACAACAUUCAGAUGCCGCUGGAUUUCAAGGGGACUUGUGAUUCAUAUGUGAAAAUAAAUUUAAUUCCCGGCUACCGAUUCUCCAAUGUGCAAAUGCCAAAGACACGAACGAAACCAAAGAAUCGCUCUCCCACAUACAAUGAAAAGUUUGCUCUGAAAUUUUCUCAAGAUCAACGAGAUAUUCCCGAUGCUCUUGUGGUCUUCAACGUGAAAGUAACGGAGAUGCUCGGUCUCAACCAAAGACACGUUGGUGAAUGUUUUAUCCGGUUGGACAGUAUACCCGUCCUAAGCGCAGAUCGAGACGUUCAGACAGUUGAUGUUCAACAACUUUACUUAACUCUUCCCGAAAAUAUAGAUUCAGAAUGUAUACCAGUGCUCGAAUACCGACAAAACGACAAGGAAGCAGCACAGUUUUUCAAAAAACUCAAGCAAAAAUUAGGCAAAGCUGCCUAUACUGGAAGUGUACUUAGCAUUUUCUAGAAUUGUGUAUCAACAGCAAAAUAAAAUCAACGCAUUUAUUAACAACGAAUAACUAGAGUGCAAUGUAAAUUAAACCAUACUGUAGACACUAAUAUUAAGCAAAUAUAACUUUUAUCCAUUUCGUA